AUGGAGAACACAAGAGUGUUCGUGUCUGGCCUUCCGCCGACAUUCACAAAUGAUCAACUGAGGAAGCAUUUUUCAAGCCGCUUCCAGAUCACAGACGCUCAUGUACUUCCAAAGCGCAGGAUUGGCUUCGUCGGCUUCAAAAGCCCAGAGGCAGCCCAGCAAGCGGCUUCUUACUUCAAUAAAACAUAUGUCAAGAUGUCUAAGAUCUCAGUAGAGAUUGCUAAGCCGAUUGACUCUGAGCCUGUCAAAAAGACAGAGAAAUACAAGAAACAAUCAGCCUCAGAUGACUCAGCCGCAGGAAACACACUCAAACGUAAACGGGAUGGGGAUAACACCCAGAAGGAUUCCCAAUUGCAAGAGUACCUUUCCAUAAUAGAGCAUCCUUCGAAGACUAAAACGUGGGCCAAUGGUGAAGACUUUCUCAACACAGUUCAAAACCAACCACCAUCAAGUGACCAGCGCGAUGAUACGACUGAACAAGUCGAGGAGCCUUCUCACAAUCAGCGGAAGAAAGCGAGAGUGGAGGACCAACAAGAGGUGGCCCAUGGUCGAGAGCCUGAACCAAUGGUUUUUGACAAGACUGAGGAAGAGCAUGAGAGAACAAUUGCAGAUGAGCGGGGUGAAGCUAUUUCCCACACACAAGAAGAGCCAGACCCAGUCUCGGAUGCCGAUUGGCUUCGUUCGAAGACGAGUCGUCUUCUAGGUCUACUUGACGAGGACGAGCAGGUUGAAUUCGAUUCUACAGCCCAGCGAAAAUCCGAUACAUCGCCGCAGCCAGCGACUGUCUCAAAAGCCGACGUUCAACACUCCAAUGAUAGCAAGACUGCUGUCGAAUCAUCGACCGAGGCAGAGGAGGUUGACACGAAUAUUGAAAAUAUACGUCUUUCCUCACGGUUGUUUGUUCGAAAUCUACCCUACGACGCCAGUGAAUCAGAUCUGGAGCCCGUUUUUUCCAAGUUUGGCAAAGUUGAAGAGAUUCACGUUGCCUUUGACACUCGGUCUACCACCAGCAAGGGAUUCGCCUACGUCCAGUACAUCGAACCUGAUGCGGCCGUCCAGGCAUAUAAAGAGUUGGAUGGAAAGCACUUUCAAGGCCGCUUAAUGCACAUCUUGCCGGCUGCUGCGAAGAAGACUUACAAAAUCGACGAACAUGAACUGUCGAAAUUACCUCUCAAGAAACAAAAGCAGAUCAAGCGGAAGAUGGAAGCUUCUUCGUCCACAUUCAGCUGGAAUUCAUUAUACAUGAAUACUGAUGCAGUCAUGUCCUCGGUGGCUGAGCGACUUGGUGUCUCCAAAGCUGAUCUUUUAGAUCCCACUUCGGCAGAUGCCGGCGUGAAGCAAGCACAUGCUGAGACGCAUGUCAUUCAGGAAACCAAAGCCUACUUCACAGCGAACGGUGUCAAUCUCGACGCCUUCAAGCAGCGGGAGCGAGGCAAUACUGCCAUUCUAGUAAAAAACUUCUCUUAUGGCGUCAAGGUUGACGAUUUGAGAAAGUUAUUUGAGCCCUAUGGUCAGAUCACAAGACUACUAAUGCCACCCAGUGGUACAAUAGCGAUCAUUGAAUUUGCUAGGCCAGAUGAAGCGCAGAAUGCUUUCAAAGGCCUUGCAUACCGAAAAGUGGGAGACUCUAUCCUCUUCUUAGAAAAAGCCCCUACGAAUCUUUUCGAUGCGAUAAGUGUGUCGCAGACUUCCGUCCCCGAGACCAAGGCUGUGUCCCAAGGCUUCUCGACAGCCGACACUUUCGCAGCUGACGAUGCGGACGAACCUGUGGUCACAUCGACCCUCUUCGUAAAGAACCUUAACUUUUCCACGACCAACGAAAAGUUCACGGAGCUGUUCAAGCCACUGGACGGCUUCGUUUCGGCCAGGAUCAAAACCAAGCCUGAUCCUAAACGACCUGGACAGACACUUAGCAUGGGCUUUGGCUUUGUCGACUUCAGGACGAAAGCUCAGGCCCAGGCUGCUCUUGCUGCAAUGAAUGGCUACAAGCUUGAUCAACAUGAGUUGGUAGUAAGGGCAUCCAACAAGGCCAUGGAUGCUGCCGAGGAGAGAAGACGCGAGGACACAGCAAAGAAAAUUGCGGCGCGUCGGACAAAAAUCAUCAUCAAGAACUUACCAUUCCAAGCAACCAAGAAAGAUGUCAGGUCGCUCUUUGGAGCCUAUGGGCAGCUACGCUCUGUGCGGGUUCCUAAGAAGUUUGACCGGUCUGCUCGUGGUUUCGGUUUUGCUGACUUCGUAAGCGCUCGCGAAGCGGAAAAUGCCAUGGACGCGCUUAAGAAUACGCAUCUCCUGGGUAGAAGAUUGGUAUUGGAAUUCGCAAAUGAGGAGGCCAUUGAUGCAGAGCAAGAGAUCGAGCAGAUCGAGAAGAAAGUAGGGGAGCAGCUGGACAGGGUCAAACUGCAAAAGCUCACAGGAACCGGGCGCAAAAAGUUCACUGUAGGGGCACAGGAAGACGAGGAGAGCUGA